CAAAUUUCUUGGCAAACACCUCGCACAUUGGGUAUAGUCCUCAGGAGAGGAUACAUUGAUUUCAACCUAUUAAAGGAGAAACUGGAGCUUGGUUCUGACAGACUGUCACCAUCUCGUUUUUAAUAAGAGUUGUGAUAACAGAUUCCUGUACCACAUUCACCUAAUGAACAACCCAGGGGUCUUUUCAACAUAUUCAAACAAACCAAACCAACAAAGCUCAACAAGACAAAAUGGGUGGUCUAAUUCAUCAGUUGUUGUCAGUUACAGCUCUUCUUGCUGCCGUUCAACUCAUCAGUGGUUACAGCUUUGACAACUGCAUUGAAGACCCGUACUCAAAUGCAACAUGUUUCAACUGCGUCAAUCGAAAGAAAAAGAACAUGUCUACCAUUAUACAUGACCUGCCGCCAUCUGUCAUCAAUCUCACUAUCUCCAUGAAUGAGGUGGGGUGCAUUCCCAACGACAGCUUUGUUCAUCUACAAGAGCUUCAAUACCUCAGACUUGACCAAAACCACUUAGUGACCAUCGAUCAAUUUGCUUUCAGAACGUUGCAUCAACUUCAGUCUCUAAAUUUGUCUGUUAACAGCAUAACAGAGCUCAACCCUUCUCUGUUUCAGGACCUUCACAACCUCACCUUUUUCUCACUGGCAAACAAUAAAUUAAAGCAGCUUCCUUUGGGCAUUUUCUCUGCCACUCCCAAACUAAACACCUUAAUCAUGAGGCAAAACCUUCUGACAAAUUUCUCAGGGAUCGCUGAGUCUGUGUCACAUCUAUUGAAUUUGAGGAUACUAGACCUUUGCUAUAACAAUUUGGCCUCCCUUAGUCACUCAAAUGUGUCGCUACCCAAAUCCCUCACUACUUUAUAUAUAUGUAGAAAUAAUCUGUCUACAUUAGGAUGCGAACAUUCAUUUCUUGGAUUCCUCAAGGUGCUUGAUUUGUCAGACAAUUUUAGGCUCCCUACGAUGGCUUUUCAAGGAGUGGAUUUGAGACAUAUAAACUAUCUGCGUUUGCGUUCGACAAGUGUCAAGGUCGUGGCGUUUUUAAACAUAAGCAAUGUCAAAGCAGGUGCUGUUGAUUUCUCUGGCACGGGUCUAAAAAACGACAGCCUGCUAAUGGAGCUAUGCAAAUUGUUAAAAAAAAAGGUGAGAUGGAUUAAAAAUUUGCACCUGGGUAUGAACGGGAUUGAGAAACUGACAAACUACACACUGUACUAUUGUCCUAAAAUCAAAGGGGCUCUGGAUCUAUCCCGCAGUGAACUGAAAAGCAUAGGUUGUCUUAACUUUCUCAAUAGACAGACAGAUAUAAGAAGCUUCAAUGCAGAACAUAACCAUCUCACCUCCCUCCAAUCCUGUAAAACACAAAAUAUGGUUUUACUAAAUCUGGAAGAGCUGUCCUAUCGUUACAACCGCAUCCUCUCAGUGGGUCCUCAUGCUUUUUGUCAUAUACCAAAUGUCAGGACACUAAAACUUAACAUAAACUCAAUAGCCUAUCUUGAUCAAGAAGCUCUCAAAGGGCUAAAAAGGCUUGAGACACUCCGGUUGGACAAUAACCUCUUGACUGAUUUGUUCCCUGAAACCUUUGAAGAAAAUUCUAGACUGCAAAACCUUAACCUACGCAACAAUCGUGUUUCUGUCAUUUUCAAUAAGACCUUCCACAGUCUUAGCAAUCUGAGUGUAUUGGACCUCGGAGGUAAUAAGAUCACUCACAUUGAGCCAUUAGGCCUUGAUGGACUAAAAAAUCUGUCCAAACUCUAUCUAGAUGGAAACAACCUCAAACAGAUCGACAGUUCCCACUAUCAUGUAUUUCAAGAUACACUCACAGUGCUGGAUUUACAAAGUAAUAAGAUUAGCUUCUUAACUGAAAAUAUGGAGUCACCAUUUAUGAAUCUCAGCAAACUCAGUGAUCUGAAAUUGGAUGGACAACGGCCUCAUGGCAUGACCAUUUUACCCCGCACUCUUUUCCGUGGCCUCUACUCACUGAAAUUUCUGUAUCUCACCAACAAUAAAAUCUUUUAUCUUGCUCCUGAUACAUUUGACGAUCUGACAGGCUUGCGUUUCCUCACCCUGGAUACCUGUUGUGUUGGGGUGACACAACUACAACCAGGAGUCUUUAAGAAUCUAAGAAAUUUGACCGCAUUGGCUGCAGAAAAUAUGGGCAUUCAGAACUUCUCAAAGGAGGUUUUUGGGAAUCUUACACAGUUAAGAAAACUGCAGCUCAACCGCAAUGCGCUGCAAAGCAUGGAUGUAGAUGCACUACAAAGUUUACCUAAACUCCUCUACCUUGACAUACGUAGUCUUCCUCUAAGCUGCACCUGCCAGAACAGCUUGCUGCAAAACUGGACACGAAAUAACCAAAAUGUCCAGGUAGUCUACCUCUACAAUCUGCCAUGCCAACAUAAUGCAAAAUCAAACUUCUACAACUUUGAUACCAAGGUUUGUUACAUAGAUCUAGGGGAGUACCUGUUCUUUAGCACUGCGGUUGUGAUCUUCCUGUUCACAGUCACUCCUUUACUUUAUGUCAAACUCUAUUGGAAAUUGAAGUACAGCUACUAUGUGUUCCGUUCUUGGUUUAGUGAGCAGUGGCGCAGACUCAGAGAAGAGGAGGAAAACUGCAAAUAUGAUGCAUUUAUUUCCUACAACUCCUCUGAUGAACAGUGGGUCAUGGACCAGUUGGUGCCCAACAUGGAGGGAAAUGCGUCUUUUAAACUUUGUCUACAUCACAGGGACUUUGAACUGGGCCGUGAUAUUGUGGACAACAUUGUCUCUGCUGUGUACAGCAGCCGUAAAACUAUCUGUGUGGUAAGCAGGAAUUUCCUUCAAAGUGAGUGGUGUUCUCUGGAGAUCCAGCUCGCCAGCUACCGGCUCUUCGAUGAGCACAGAGAUGUUCUUCUGCUUGUGUUUCUGGAGCCUAUCUCUGAGAGGCAACUGUCAUCCUAUCACCGCAUGAGGAAAGUCAUGUUAAAAAAGACUUAUCUGCAGUGGCCUGGCUCAGACUGCACUGACCCAGUGCAGGCCCAAGAACUGUUUUGGAAUCAGCUACAUAGGGCAAUGAGAACUGGGACCAGAGUCAUUGAAGGAAAUGUCAUAAGUAAAGACUGUGUUACUACCAAAAGUGAAGAAACUGAACAUUUCGAGACAUCAGAUGAAAACUAUUACUUGCUACCAUAAGAGAAGAAUUUGAGAAUUGUAUUGGUGAUUUAGUUGAGAUAAAUUUGGUAUGUUAAAUGAAUAAUUCAGUUCUCCGCUGCAGGGAGAUGGUCAUGAAAAUAUGGUGUGAAUGUAUAGUGUGAUGCAUCUAGUAACAGUAACAUCAUUUAUACAAGCAUGAAUCAGCAGUGUAAUUUAAUAUCUUGUGAUCAGUAUAGUUUUAUAUUUAGCAAUGCUUGAUACUUUGCAAUUCUCUGCUGCACAAUUGUAAAAAUGUGAUUUCUUGUAUUUAAAUAUAGCCGAUAUGCACACACAAACAAAUUUACUGCUUUUACAAUAGCAUAUCCUUAGCUAGGAGUAGUCCCAUUACAGCACCUGUGUUAAUGGAGAUAUGUGUUAAUAUACAGUUCUGUAAAUUUAGAAAUGCUCCAAAGAUGCAAAUAAUACAUAAUUGUGUCUUUUUUAUCUAAUAAAUGCCACUAAAUAAUAAAAAAGGUAACUCUGGAGAUGCAGCUAUUGCUACUACAUUUAAUACCCAGUUUUUAAUAAAAUAUGAGUACACAACACA